AUGUCCAGUUCAUCGUCUGCCUUACCAUCUGAAUUAGUUUUAGAUGCAACAGCUAGCACAACCGCCACUGUCACACCUUCUUUAACUGAUUUACAACUUGCCACUGGUAUUCGUGCUGAAAAAAACAGUCAAGCUACUAUUGCUAGUGAUUCUGUCCAAACAAUAUCUGCAUCGGUAACUUCUCAAUUAGUAUAUGCAAGUGUAUCUUCCCAAUUAACAAAUGCCAUAGGCUCAUUCACAGCUAGCUCCGAUGUAAAAGCAUUGACACUCUCUUCAGCAUCAUCUUCAUCUAAAAGUUCCGGUUCGUCAAAUGCUUCAGCCAGUGUUAAUUCCAAUUCAGGAAAUUCCAUUGAUUUGAAAAAAAUCAAAUACGGAAUAAUAUUGUCGAGUAUUACUGUGUUGUCGUUUGUGUGUUCAUUCUAA